CUUGUAGGCAUAACGACUCAAACAAAGGCUUUGAUUUAGUAUGUAUUUUAACAGUGCCCGUACUGAACAGUGUAUAUACACUAAGCAACAUACCUAACGUUCUCGAAAAUGUAAUGGAGUGGGGAUAUAUGUCCCAAAGGGCUGCCGUAGAUCGGGCGCUCUCCAAUGACGCAAAUAAUUUGGGACGACUAGUCAGUUCGCUUAGUUACUUCCCACACCGGCGCCGUCAAAAUGGGGACCCAGAUAAAAGACGUGGUCAUUAAGCCUGAUGCUCCCAACUCUUUGAUACUCGACAAACAUGCAGACUAUAUUGCCGCCUAUGGCUCUAAAAAAGAUGACUAUGAAUAUACACUUUCAGAGUACUUGAGGAUGAGUGGCAUUUACUGGGGCCUGACUGUGAUGGACCUGAUGGGCCAACUUGACCGUAUGAACCAAGAAGAGAUCAUAGACUUCAUUAAGUCCUGCCAGCAUGACUGUGGAGGCAUCAGUGCCAGUACUGGCCAUGACCCUCACCUGCUCUACACCCUCAGUGCUGUACAGAUUUUGACAUUGUAUGACCGUGUUAAAGCCAUUGAUGUAGACAAGGUUGUGGACUAUGUUAGAGGACUGCAGCAGGAAGAUGGUUCAUUUGCUGGAGACAAAUGGGGGGAAAUAGAUACCAGGUUUUCCUUCUGUGCAGUUGCAACCCUUGCAUUGCUGGGCAGACUGGAUGCAGUGGAUGUAGGCAAGGCAGUAGAGUUUGUCCUUUCCUGUAUGAACUUUGAUGGAGGAUUUGGCUGCAGGCCUGGCUCUGAGUCUCAUGCUGGGCAGAUUUAUUGUUGCACAGGUUUCCUGUCUAUCACAGGACAGCUCCAUCAGGUCAAUGCAGAUCUGCUGGGCUGGUGGCUCUGCGAGAGACAGCUCCCAUCCGGAGGCCUCAAUGGGAGGCCAGAGAAGCUGCCAGAUGUCUGUUACUCCUGGUGGGUUCUUGCAGCUUUGAAAAUCAUUGGCAGAAUUCACUGGAUUGACAAAGCCAAGCUGCGAGCCUUUAUCCUGGCUUGUCAGGAUGAGGAGACAGGAGGCUUUGCUGACCGACCAGGAGAUAUGGUGGAUCCUUUCCAUACCCUGUUUGGUGUGGCUGGUCUGUCUCUGCUGGGGGAUGAGCAAAUUAAGCCUGUGAACCCUGUGUUCUGCAUGCCAGAGGAUGUCCUCCAGAGAAUUGGCCUCCAUCCAGACCUGCUGACUUAGGGCUAUAGGCUAGGGAAUUCACCAGAGCACAGUACUGCACAGAUUAGUGUUUUUCUUGCUCUAACAAAAAAAAGUUUAAUAAGGGUUUGAUAAUCAUCAGAUGAAAAGCAAAUAUGUUAAAUCACAGAAAAUGGUAAUCUGUGUAGAGAUGUGGCCCAUCAAGAUUGGCAUUGGAUGCACGGUUAUAGAUCCAGUCUACCAGUGUCUCUCCUUCUGUUCCCUGUUUAUAGCCAGCUCUGCUAAAGGCCCUGUGGAUCAGAGACAUGACUGGGACGGUGCCAGGGAACCAGCUGCUAAAGGAAGGCUUUGGGUAUUGCCCGUCACAGUAGUUCAGGGCUGUUCAAGUGCAGUUCUGCAGAGCCAAGUCAUUGCAUAGAUUAGUGUUUUCCAGCCCUGACAAUCCUGAAUUAUCUUAUGAAAGACUUUAGCAGUUGGAAGAGGGAGAACACAUGAAACGGGUCCGCACUGUGGUCUUGCAGGAGUGGACCUGGACACCCUUGGCACAGAAGUAGACACAAAGUAUGAAGCAGGGUGCCCAUACUCUAUUGCUCUGUCCUGGAGGGUCAGAGCCUGUCACAGUUUUGUUUACUGCCUUGCCCACUAACACACCUGCUAAUUUUGUAAAUUAACUGAUAAAUUGAAUGGGGAUUGAGCAGGGAAUACUGGCACUUCAGGACCUCAUUGGGCACCCCUGGUAUAGAGGGACCAGAGACUUUGGUUUUGUAAACUGUGCAGUUCUCUUUUAGUUGUGUGUCUUUUUUAUGUAUACAAGUUAGUAAUGUUUGUAUGGGCUUCAUCUGUUUCAACUUAAUUUACAUGAUUGCAGUGUUUAGAGAUGUGUAAAUCCUUUCCUAGGGCACUGAAGAAAACAUUAAAUUUAUGUACUGCAUCAUGUGAUUCAGAUACAAAGUUUCAGUGGAGGGGCCUUAUACUGUAUCUGAUGCUCUGUAAACACGUACAUGUUAUUGCAUAUUUAGAGGCAUUCAUUUCUGGACUGCAAAUCCCAAUGUCUAAGCCUGGAGUUUGUUAUCUCUGGUAGUUAAUUAAACAGCUAAUGUUCCUGAUUGGCCACUUUCUCAUCACAUCCGACUCCUAGGUAAAGGGUGUGUGGAAAUUCUGCAGUACGUGGACCUUUAAGGAUGUGAUUUGAACAAAUAUGUUCUACAACUUAAAUUGACAACCAGUUAUUGCAUUCCUAGAUUGGAUUUUGGCUUCAUGGUCUGGAGUAGAAUACCUCUAGCACUUGGUUCAACAUGGAUAUUAUGUAUAAGACUGCUAAGGGUGUACAGUCACAAAGAUUUUUGCAAGAUUUUGCAAGUUUUAGAGAUUUUUUUUGUCUGAGUUUGUGCAUUACUUAAAAUAAUAACCUGUAAACUUGUUUCACUUAUGUUUAUCUCCAGUAGAUGUUUGUGCUAAGUUAACUAUGAAAGAUAUUCUGUGGUCAUCCUUAUGCUUGGUAAAGUCAAAUCAUCAAUGCUUUAUUCAGUAAAUCUGCUACAUUUUAUCCAGUUAGCCUGAAUCAGGGAUUUUUGCAAUGUGUACUCACACCAAUAUAACAUGCAAUAGCAUUAAAAACAACACCCUAACUAAAAUAUAGUCCAUAUAUCAAGUCUAUAGCUAGUCAUGGGGCUAAUACGGUAGUGUGCAUAUGUAUGGUGUGGCUACUGGAUAUUUUAAUGGCAGUGUAUGAAUAAAUGAUGUCUGCAACUUCA